AUGAACAUAAGCAAAGGUGCCUUUAGCAGAGAUGGUAUGAUGCACAAUGUUGUUGAAAAGCAAAAAGAGAAUGAAAAAAUGCAUGUGAACAAAUUAAAUGAACUUGAAGAAGAGAUAAUUAAAAAUGAAUACACGAGUGUAUUAGAAAAGGAAUUAUUACUAAGAAAUGCAAAUUAUAAAAAAGAUAUCAGUUUUUUAAAAGUGCAUUUAGGAGGUAAUAUAAUUAAAAAUAGACCAAUACUAAGUAAAAAGAAUAUUUUAUAUGCUAGUAGUGAAAGCGGUAUAUUAUUAAUAGAUUUAGGGAGGAAAAAAAAGAAAAGAAUAGUAACAUCAUUUCUCAUAGAUAAGAUGUUUUAUUUUUAUGAUAAAAAAGAUAAAGAAGAAUAUUUAAUUUUGAAAAGUUAUAAUAACUAUAUUUAUGUAUAUCGUAUUACAAAUAAAAUUUUUCAUUUCAUUAAAAAAUUUUUUAUAAAAAAUUUAUUUUAUAUAAAUAGCUUUGGUAAAAAUGGGGAGCUCUGUUUUUCUACAUGGGAGUUUUGUGAUGGUAAGAUGUACAUGAACUUUUUUUUAUUAAGAUUUAUUUUUAACUACGAAAAAGACAUGCACAAUUUGCAAGCCAAUUUACUAUUAAAUGAAGAGAAGAAGAAGGAAGAGAAUGAGGAGAACAAAGAGAACAAGAAAGAUCGGAAAAAAAAGUCAAGCAGCAUGGUUGCACCUCCAAGUCAUGUCACUUAUACAUUUUCUUCUGAUUCUGAAAUGGAUUAUAAUAUGAAGCUUUAUCCAAAAGAAUUAGCAGAGAAUAGAAGUUUUGAAGAAAAGGGGCAGAAGAAAGUGGAGGGAAAAAAUUGGACAAACGUCGCGUACGAAAUGGGUGGAAAAAUAAAUGAAGUAAUGAAUGUACCAGUGAGUGCAUAUACAGUACGAGAGCGAGAAAAAGCAAGCAGUUUAGGAUUCAGCACAAAGUUGUACAUUACGGCCAAGUUGAAAAUAAAACCCAUACUAAAAAUAAAAUAUAUUUAUUUCUCCAUGAUUGACAUGAACAGUAGUUUGAGUAAACUAGUUUUGGCAAAUAAUAACAUAAUCGUUAUAUAUGAUAUUGUUAAAAAGUGGUAUAAUAUUAUUUAUUAUAAGGACUAUAUAUCAUCAAUAAAAAUAAGUGAUGAUAAUUUUUUAUGCAUUGGGUUCGUUACAGGUUAUAUAUACAUACUGUUAUUUGAAGAGUUAAUAAUGUUGGACAGUAAAGAUAAUAAAGGGACUAAAGGAAGAGGAAGAUUGACAAUGCGCGAACCAUUACAUGCAACUAAAGAUUGUGCUAGCUUUAUUUAUAACUUAUCCUCCUUAUCAAAUUUAUUUCCACAUUUAGCGACAUUUGAAGUAGAUUAUAUAAGUAACAUGGUACAUCGUAGCACAACAGAGGGAGAAAGUGCACCAGAAAUUUUUUCAAAAAAGGAGGAAACUCAACAGCGCAUUUUUGAAAAAAAUCUAAUGGAUGAUGACGAGUUUACUUGCGUAAAGAACAUCCCAUAUAUUGAUUUCCAUCUAAGCAGUGAAAAAGUAAUAAAUAUGCAAAAAGUAAAUUUGAUAAAAUAUAGUUGGCAUAGUCAUUCUGUAUAUAAUAUAACAAUAGAUGAAAAAAAAGUGAUAUCAUGUGGAGAGGAAGCUGUAAUAUUAUUUUAUGAUAUAAACAAUGGAUCAUAUGAAUUUAUAUCACAUUUAGGUUCACCAUGUUAUUAUGUUUAUGUAAAUAAAAAGAAAAACUUAAUUAUUUGCAGUUCUUUAGAUAACAAUAUUUUAUGUAUAAACUAUAAUCAUCGCCUUUUUUUUUAUAAGCACUAUGGAAUAAAUAUGCCCUUAUCACUCAGGAAUUUAUAUUCCAAUUAUUCAAGUAUUUAUUUAAACAUCAGAAAUAGCUUUAACAUUUUUGCAAAACAGAUAAAUGACACGUACAAUUAUGGAACUACGAGGGGUAGCGAUAGGGGUAGAGAUAGAACUAAGGAAAGUAGACAGACAAAGGAGAGGGUACAUAUGCCAUCCGUUUGUGAGGUGUCCAUAGAAGGAGAAGGUGGUCCUGAAGCAUUGCUUGAAUACAACAUGGAAGAGGAGAAGAAUAAGCAGAAGCAAAAAGAAAAGUCAAAUUUUGACAUUUUUAACAACGAUUCUUCAGAAAAUUGUCUUGCUAAUAGUGAAGAGGGCGAUGACGACCAGUCGGAUUAUGAUGAAAACACGGAAGGGGAUGAAGAGGAGAAUGUAGAGGAGGAAAUAAUACAGUUGGACAGAGGGGAUAAAGACGGGGUGCAGGAAGGCGGAGUAGAGGAAGAUUCACUGCUAGAGGAAGGAAUAGAGUUUUGCACAAGUGAAGAGGAGGUCAACAUACGGGGAAAGAACUUGAAUGGUGAGAUUACAAGAGUGAAUACCUUAGAAGGAAAGAGAAAAAUAAGAAAAAGACAAAACCCUAUUAUGACCUUUGAACAUAUACAAAAGGAGCUCGAAAAGAAAAUAUACAAUCACACAAAUGUAGAGAAUAGUUUAUACAGGAAUUAUCAAAUAUGUUUUUAUUGCGAUUCAAACAAAGGAUUAAUUUUUUGUUUCUUAACAACUUUUUCAAAUUUACAGUUAUAUAAUAUUGAAAAAGAUAGGCAUGUAAAAUUUUUAUGUCCUUUAAAAACUAUAUAUAAAAGUAGAACAGACGCAGAAAAAGUAAAUGACUUGGAAUUAAUUUUAUUUUCGUUUAAUCAUAGCAGAAAUGUAUUAAUGACUAUUGAAAAGAGAAAUUAUUUGAUGGAUGAAGUUAGUUACUCUUUAUCCGAAUCUGUUCUUAUGCAAACGUUGUACACUUUCAAGUUCUGGCGUCUUAUUAACAAUUUAGAAUACAUAAAUGUGUAUGAGUACACUAUUACAUGUGACUCUUUAAAUAAUGUUGAAAGCAAAAUAUGUAUAGAAGAAGAGAACAUACAUAUACAAGGAAAACACGAAAAUAAUUAUGAUGUAGAAAAAUAUAAAAUGAUUUUAAGUCAUCCCUUCUUAAGUCUCUUCCUUGUGUUAGAAUACAGUGGCAUGAUAACUUUCUACUGUUUAGAAAAUAGUGAGCAUGUCUUUGAAAAGUGUAUAUAUGAGGAACAGGAUAUAGACGUUUUUGAUAUAUAUGAGGACAAGUAUGUAUAUGUACCAAAGGGGUGUAACGUUCGUGACUUGUACAGACAUGACCCACAAGAAUGUGUUUCCGCUGGUGGAGAAGUGGAGAAGGGGAGAAACGGUAAUGAAAAUUGGAGAAGAGGAAAUGGAAGUUGGGGAAGAGGAAAUGGAAGUUGGGGAAGAGGAAAUGGAAGUUGGGGAAGAGGAAAUGGAAGUUGGGGAAGAGGAAAUGGAAGUUGGAGAAGAGGAAAUGGAAGUUGGGGAAGAGGCAAUGUCAAUUGGGGGGACGGUACCGGCACCGACAAUCCCGUGGAAAGCACGGAUACGGGAAAGGACAAAAAAAUCACAAUAAUUAAAAACGUGAAUUAUAACAACCAUAAGAUUUUGCAAGGUGCGAUAAGUGAGGACGGGAAAAUAUUAUGUAUAUGUCAUGAUAAAUUUAUUAGCAUUUGGAAUACUAUAACAAUAAAAACAUUAGCAAUAAUAAAUCAUCCUUUAUAUACAUCAUUGAAUGACUACAUAUUUAACUUGUACAAAGGGAUAGAAACAAUACAAACGCAAGACGGUUCAAUAUAUAUGUGCUUCUAUUCAUUUGAUACAAUUUUCAUUUACUCAUUACACCAGUUUCAUUUUAAGUAUCAGAAAAAAUUCAAAGGAAUAAUAGAAUAUGUAAAGUUUGAUAAAUACACCUCAUGUAUGUUUUUAGCUAUAGGUAUUACCAGAAGAUUUAAGAAUAUUGAGAAAAAUAAUAGUUCUUUUAUAAUACAAGAAAAUUAUUUAUAUGAAUUUAAUCCUACUUACUUAAAAAAAAAAAAAUUAUUUUAUUCCUCCCAAAAUAAACCUAUUAUCGCUUUAGAUUUUGCUCCUCUAAACAGCAAGAAAAAUGAGAUACUUAGCAAUUAUCAAAAGUCAACAAUACUAGUUUCGUUGAACUCUAAAUUUCAGAUCUCUACUUUUUAUUUUAAUAAUUACCCUUAUUUUAUGCAACUAAGGUGA